CGGGACGGCGCCGCUGCCGGCGGCCCCAUGACGGCCGAGCUGCGGGCCCGGGGCGGCGGCGGCGAGGAUUGCCAGGUGCUCUUAAAUCAGAUGAAAGAGAUCACAGGAAUUCAGGAUUCAGCAUUCCUGCUUGCUGCUCUAAAGGCUGCUGAUGGAGAUCUCAUGGAAGCAGUCACCUUCCUGACGGAGGACCCUGCCCCGGAGCCAGUGCAGAACCCAGCUGCUGCAGAGCCAUCCGCCUGGGAAGGGAGCGCGGUGGGCAAACAGCUCCCACAGGAUGUUGGUGCUUCACCUGCCCCUCACAACCAAGACAACCUCCACACAGCCAACACUGUCAGACCACCGGAAUCACCAAAAGCUCCAGCUGCAGAAAGGGAUGCAGAUGAAAGACCACAGGACACCCAUUCUGCUGAAAACAAAAACCGCUCCAAAAGGAAACGCUGUGAAGUCUGGGGAGAGAACUCCAAGCAGAAUGACUGGAGAAGAGCGGGUGACUGGCCUGUUGGAAUGAAAAAUAUAGGAAAUACGUGUUGGUUUAGUGCUGUUAUACAGUCUCUGUUUCAGUUGCCAGAAUUCCGGAGGCUGGUCCUUGGUUACUCCCUCCCACAGAAUGUGAUUGAAAAUUGUCAUAGUCACACUGGAAAAAGAAAUAUUGCAUUCAUGCAAGAACUUCAGUGUCUGUUUGCAUUAAUGCUGGGGACAUGGCGUAAGUUUGUAGACCCUUCUGCAGCACUGGAGCUCUUGAGGGAUGUGUUUAGAUCAGCUGAACUACCGCAGCAAGAUGUGAGUGAAUUUACGCACAAACUACUGGACUGGCUGGAGGAUGCAUUCCAGCUCACUGUGAAUGUCACGAGCCUUGGGGACAAAUCCGAAAACCCAAUGGUGCAGCUCUUCUACGGGACUUUCCUGACUGAAGGAGUCCAUGAGGGCAACACUUUUUCCAAGAUUGAGACCUUUGGUCAGUAUCCCCUUCAGGUAAAUGGUUACCGGAACUUGAAUGAGUGCUUGGAAGGAGCCAUGGUGGAGGGAGAGAUGGAUGAGGCAACAGCAUCUCAGUCAGUAAAGUAUGGACAGGAGCGCUGGUUUACAAAACUCCCACCAGUUCUGACCUUUGAACUCUCCCGAUUUGAGUUCAAUCAGUCACUAGGACAGCCAGAGAUUCACACCAAGCUAGAGUUUCCCCAGACUAUAUAUAUGGACAGGUACCUCUACUGCAAUAAAGAUCUUAUUCAAAUGAAAAGAGAGGAAAUGAAGAGAUUGAAGGAGAAAAUGGUGACUCUGCAGCAGAAACUGGAAAGGUACAUGGAAUAUGGCUCUGGCCCAGCCCGCUUUCCACUGCCUGACAUGCUGCAGUAUGUGCUCGAGUUCGUUGCUACAAAGCCAGCUGUGGCUGUUUCCUCUGCUCAGAGCUCUCAAACACCACUCCUGCACUGCCAAGCCAAGCCUAAUGUUUUGGACGUGCUUUCGCAGCCAAACGGCAUACAAGAAAGGACUGAUACUAGGACUGAACAUGAAGCUUUCUUCGUGGCAAAUUCUUUGCCGCAGCAAAGCUCCAGUAUGGAGCUCCAGCCUCCUGUUUCACCAGCAGAACUGUCUGAACGUCCAGCUCCUCACGUGGUCUCCAAGGAAGAGCUGAGCCUGGUUCAGACGUGUCUGCAGCGAUGGAGAAACGAGAUCGAGCAAGACGUGCAAGACCUGAAGGAGUCUAUUGCCGGAAUCAACCUGUCCAUUGAACAAAUGUACUGUGACCCUCUCCUCCAGCAGGUUCCCUAUCGUUUGCAUGCAGUCCUGGUCCAUGAGGGGCAAGCAAAUGCUGGGCACUACUGGGCCUUCAUAUAUGACCAGCCUCGGAAAAGAUGGCUCAAGUACAAUGACAUCUCAGUGACGGAGUCAUCGUGGGAAGAGCUGGAGCGAGAGUCCUUUGGAGGCCUGAGGAAUGCCAGUGCCUACUGCCUGAUGUACAUCAGUGACCAGGUGUCCCCUGUUGGUGCAGAUGAGGAUGAGGGCCCAGAGGCUAGACAGUUCCAGAAAGAAGUGGAAGCUUUGUCCCCAGAACUGAGACACUACAUCCAGGAGGACAACUGGCGUCUGGAGCAGGAGGCAGAGGAGUGGGACGAGGAGCAGUCUUGCAAGAUUCCUCAGAUGGAGCCUUCACCUACUUCUGAAUUGCAGGACCUCUCCUCUGAGUCAGGACCAGAGCAAUCAUCAGUCUGUGAGCAGAGCGUGCACUCCCUGUCCUCGGAGCAUGCCAGGAUUGCCAAGGAGCAGACUGCCAAGGCCAUUGCCAACACUGCCGAUGCCUACGAGAAGAACGGUGUCGAGGCAGCUCUCUACGAGCGCAAGGAGGUAGAGCCGCUGAAGGCCCGUCCAGAAGAAACAUCCCCCACAGUUCAGGCAGAGCAACCCCAGGACACUCAGGAAGCAGAGGCUGCUGCCCAAACUAGCUCACAGGUGAUGCUGAGUCCAGCCAUGCAAGGUGUCAUCCUGGCUAUUGCAAAAGCCCGCCAGACCUUUGAUCGUGAUGGGUCUGAAGCAGGGCUUGUUAAGGCAUUCCAUGAGGAGUACUCCCGGCUGUACCUGCUUUCCAAAGAGACCCCAACCCCCCAGAACGAUGCCCGGCUGCAGCACGUGCUCAUCUACUUCCUGCAGAACAACGCUCCGCAGCAGGUGGUGGAACGGACCCUCCUUGAGCAGUUUGCAGACAAAAACCUCAGCUAUGAUGAGCGGUCCAUCAGCAUCAUGAAGGUGGCACGGGCAAAGCUGAGCGAAAUCGGUCCUGAUGAUGUUGACAUGGAGGAGUACAAGAGAUGGCACGAAGACUACAGCCUUUUUCGCAAGGUGUCCAUUUACCUGCUGACGGGGUUGGAACUCUACCAGAAUAGAAAGUACCAAGAGUCACUCACCUACCUGGUCUACGCCUACCAAAGCAACACCAAACUGCUGCUGAAGGGAAGCAACCGAGGCGUGAGCGAGUCGCUGAUUGCCUUGUACAGAAGGAAGUGUCUCCUGAAGCUGAACGAGGUGGCAGCUUCUCUUUUUGUCAGCUGUGAAGAAGCUCAUGUGUCAGAGGGUGUGAGCAUCCUGAAUGAGCUGAUCAUCCCCUGCAUGCAUCUCAUGAACAACCUGGAGAUCUCCCAAGAGGACCUGGAUGCCAUCGAGGUCAUGAGAAACCGCUGGUGCUCCUAUUUGGGACGAGAAGACAUGGACGCAAAGCUGCAGAUGAAGCUGGGUGAGCUGCUGCCCCGGCUCCUCGACGGCUCCACUGAGGUCAUUGUGCUGAAAGAGCCCCCGAAGAUCCGACCCAACUCCCCUUACGACCUGUGCAGCCGCUUUGCGGCCGUGAUGGAGUCCAUCCACGGGGCCUCAGCCGUGACGGUGAACUAGCCCGCAGGCCGCGCCGCAGUGCCACGCUGCCGGCCUGCUCGGGGCCUCUCCGGGUAGUGCUGCAGUGGGACGAGAGGGGUGGUUUGGAUUCCAAGCUGUGUUCUUUGUAAAUAUGAGCAGAUAAAAAGCAGUAUUGCACUUGUGAGGCAGAACGUAAGGCAGUAACACGAAGGACCUGGACCACUGUUACAGUGCAAGGCGCAGGCCCCAGCAGCACCGUGGGGCUCAGCCGGGCUCCAGAGGUUCUUCUGUCCUGGCAACCUUCUAGAUGCAGCCCCUGGGCCCAUGAUGGCACCGGAGCCCAACUCUGCUCAGCACUGUGCACUGUGGCUGGGCUGUCGGGCACUUUCACAGAAUGGCCACUGCCAGAGAUUGCAUGUUCCAGUCCAGCCAGACUCCUGCUCACAGGAGCCUGGGCUGAGUGAGGAGGAGGCAGCAAGGAGCAGUGGCUCGCGCUCUGCCGCGUGGGCAGUCGUGCACGCAGCUGCGUGUUGUGGUCAAGUCAAGCAGCCUUUUGCCUUUUGUACUCCAGCUGGCACCAGAAACCACACAGGAGCCUUCCUUGAAGAGGCACAGGCAAAUCCCGGCAGUGAGGAGCCAGGACGGGGCUGUGGGUUUGUGCCUGGCAGGAGCUGACUGGCUCAGGGCAAUCACAUCACCCCAAAGGAUAUUCCCCCCCGUGGCCAGAAGGCAAAAUUCCUUCUCCCCUUGGGUGGUGGGUCAGGGCUGGAUUACUGUCAAUGACAACUGUGAGGGCUCAGAUCAGCCCCUUGUGUUGGUGGUGGCUGUUUGUGUUGACUUUGUUAACAAAGUGCCCUGUUGGCAUUUCCUUUUGCCGUCGCCCUGUGCUUGCAUUUGAGCUGCAGCAGUUGUAAGCCAAAAGUUCUUGGUCAAUGGAGGGGGAUCCUAUUUUUUGGAACUAUGCAGAGUUUUCUAACAGUGCAAUAAAAGCAUUUGUUCUAUGUUAGAAUGAAAAA